AUGGUUGGCAUCGUCGAAACAACUACCUAUGGCUUCAUCGGCCUCGGUCAAAUGGGACAUGGCAUGGCCAAGAAUAUCUGUCUCAAGGCUCCCGAGACCAGCCUCGUGAUCGUGUACGACAUCGCGACACAGGCCACUCAGCGACUCGCGAGCGAGUUCAAGGGCCAGGGUCGGAACAUCCAAGUCGCUACCUCGCCGAAAGAGGACGUCAUCUUCACAUCCGUCCCCCAAGCCGCUCACGUCCGCGAUGUUUUUCUGAACCCUUCUACUGGCCUGCUGGCCGCGCCUAAGAAGGAAGGGCGAAGAAAGUUGUACCUCGAACUCAGCACGAUUGACGUCGCCGUGUCCUCUGAGGUCGCUGCGGCCGUUGUUGACGGCGGCUUCGGUGACUUUGUCGACGCCCCAUGCUCCGGAGGAGCGAUGGGUGCCGAAACCGGAAACCUUUCCUUCAUGAUUGGCUGCCCCGACAAUCUCUACCCCCGCGUACUCGAGCUCUGCAAGCUCAUGGGCAAGGAAGAAAGCAUCUUCCACUGCGGAAACCUCGGCGCCGGCCUCAAGACGAAGCUCCUCAACAAUUACCUCUCCUCUCUCACGGCUCUCGCGACCGCCGAGACCUUCAACAUUGGCAUCCGCGCAGGGCUGGAUGCCAAAACCUCCUCAAGCAACGGGUACAAUGGCGGGUUUUCCAUCGAGCUGUGUCUGGGCGUUUUGGAGCUGGCCGUGAAGGCUGGCGAGGAUCUGGGGGCUACUAUGCCCAUUGGCAAACCGAUGCUCGAGGCGUACAGGCAGGUUGCUGCUGAUGUGCGGUUCAAGGGGAAGGAUUCAAAGGCGAUCUACAAGUGGAUCGGAGGCUCGGAUCCGGACCUUGGGGAAGCGUAA